AUGUCUGGGUUGCAAGCUCAGUGCCCAGUGUGGGGGCUGUGCAGGAGGCAGCCAAUCAAUGAUUCUCUCUCAUCAUUGAUGUUUCUAUCUUUUUCUCCCUCUUCCUUCCUCUCUGAAAUCAAUAAAAAUAUAUUUGAGAGAUUACCUGUGCCUAGAAAAAGGCAAGAAUGUAAUAGCCUGCCCAGUCCCAAUCCUUAUCCAUGUCUUCCUUGGCAGCCUGAACUGAAGGGCCUGCAUCAGGGAAGCCAGCGAGGGCCCGGGUUGGCUCUGAGGGCUUGGCUUGGGGAGGUGGACCACACUAUGGCCCUUUGGGUACCAUUACUGUCCCCUGGUAGGAACGCUUAA